AUGACUGGCGUAUUGAAUGGAAACGGACCUUCUGCCGAGCUCGCUCCUGGCCACUUCCUUUUCACCUCCGAAUCCGUAGGUGAAGGUCACCCAGACAAGAUCUGUGAUCAAGUCUCAGAUGCUAUCCUUGAUGCUUGUCUUGCCCAAGACCCUUUCUCCAAGGUCGCCUGUGAAACCGCCGCUAAAACCGGUAUGAUCAUGGUUUUCGGUGAAAUCACCACCAAGGCUCAAGUCGACUACCAGAAAGUCGUCCGAGACACUAUCAAACAAAUCGGUUACGAUUCAUCCGACAAGGGAUUCGACUACAAGACCUGUAACGUCUUGGUUGCCAUUGAACAACAAUCUCCCGAUAUCGCUCAAGGUUUGGACCAUGGUGCUCUUGAGAAGAUCGGUGCCGGUGAUCAAGGUAUCAUGUUCGGUUACGCUACCGACGAGACCCCCGAGAUGAUGCCCCUCACCAUCAUGCUUUCCCACAAGCUCAACGCCGCCAUGGCUGCCGCUCGACGAGACGGUUCUCUCGGUUGGUUGAGACCGGACUCCAAGACCCAGGUCACCGUUGAAUACAAGAAGGGUGAAGAUGGAGCAAUGGUCCCCAUCCGAGUCGACACCGUCGUUAUCUCCACUCAACACGCCGAGGAAAUCACCACUGAAGAUCUCCGAUCUGAGAUCUUGGAGAAGAUCAUCAAGAAGGUCAUCCCUAAGAACUUGUUAGAUGACAAGGUCAUCUACCACAUCCAACCUUCUGGACGAUUCGUCAUUGGUGGACCUCAAGGUGAUGCCGGUCUGACCGGACGAAAGAUCAUCGUUGACACCUACGGUGGAUGGGGUGCUCACGGUGGUGGUGCCUUCUCUGGAAAAGAUUGGUCCAAGGUAGACCGAUCUGCUGCCUACACUGCUCGAUGGAUCGCCAAAUCCCUCGUUGCUGCCGGUCUCGCCCGAAGAGCUUUGGUUCAACUUUCUUACGCCAUCGGUGUUGCCGAACCUCUCUCCAUCUUCGUUGACACUUACGGUACCGGUAAGAAGAGCGAUGCUGAAUUGGUCCAAAUCGUUCGACAAAACUUUGACCUCCGACCUGGACUUAUCGUCAAGGCCCUCAACCUCCAACAACCCCAAUACCUCAAGACCGCCGCUUACGGUCACUUCGGUAACCCCGCUUACUCAUGGGAACAACCUAAACAACUCAACUUCUAA